AUGCUCUCCUACAUGCUGCCAGUCGAGGAAAAGCCGCCAUCCGCAACGGCUGCUGCAGCGCGGAAUCUCAGCCUCAAUCUGACCACAACAACAACCACCGGCAGCGGCGGCGCUGGUGCUGGUGGUGUCGGCACUGGUACUCAGCCCAAGUCGUCCUCGGCGGAGGGUGGUACCCCGGCGGUAGGCUCCACAUCCGGAGCGGGUGGAGGAGGAGGAGGAGUGUCGGGUAACGCGCCCGUGGUAACGAGGUCGAUAAUCAAGCCAACUAUCAAACACAACGCCAGCCAUCGGUAUCAGCUGAUUUCGGGGACCGGCGAGGUCGGCGGCCCGUCCAGGAAGCAGCAUCAGCCGUCGCAUCAGGUGUUGUUGCUGGCGGGCUCAGCUGACAGCCGCAGCCGCAGGAAGCCGGAGGCGGCCGUGGAGGGCCUGUGGGAUGAGAGCACGAACCUGUUGGUCGGCGAUCCUGGCGAGGCUGAAGACGACGACGAAGACGACGACGACGACGAUGACGACGACGGCGGCGGGGGCGGCAGUGCGGUCGAUGGAGUCGUCAACCAGCGCCGGAGUCGCAACGUGGUGAAAAGUGAUAAAAACUUCAACAAUCUCAUCCUAGUGAAUAACGGUAACGUCGCCAAGGGGGGCAGUGCGGGUGCGGCGAACGGCGGACCAUGUCGUAAGACGCACGGCAUCUGUAACCAUGCCACCUCGGUGAAGCUCGCGAGCGUUCUCAAGCAUACGAACAGUGGUAGUGGUUCUCGAACUGCCGGUGUUGCUAGUAACGGCACCAGCGCCAGCACCAGCAGCAGUAGCAGCAACGGCUGUGGCAGGAACGGUGGCCACACGGGUGCCACCGGUGGCUUCUACAAUGGCUACAUCGCGCUGAGCGGCGAGAACGACGACGAGCAGCACCGGCUGCUGGUGAGUGCGAACAAUCUGCGAAACAGCGGCAGCGGCGGCACCCUCGACCAGCAGAAGCAGCAGCCGUGGGGCCGCAACGGUAAGCAACCGGCGACCAUCGGUGACUACGACGUCGACGACCUGGUGCUUGGUGCCGAGCCCGGCACCGCCACCGAGCUGCUGGCGAGCCACUCCACCAACAGCAGCAGCAGCAGCAGCAGCAACAGCAACAGCAGCACCAGCAGAGCGAUGAACAGUCUGAACGGUAACCUGACAUCCACCGGACGGGGUGACAGUGCCGAAGUGAUGGACCUUAGUGAAAGUGCCCGAGUGUCCGGUGGGGACGCAUCCAUCGGCAGUGACUCGGAUUCGGUAACGGGUGGUGGUGGUGGUGGUGCGAACACCGGUGGCAAGAAGGUGAAGCUGAACAAACUCGGCGGCAACAAGAACGUCACACUGAAAAGAGUGUCGUUCGGUUCGUCCAAGGGUUCGAUGGUGGAAACACUAGUGUUCGAGACACCGACCCCGCUGCCGGAGCAUGCCGAGCGGGAGUUCUUCCAAUCGCCGGCCGUACUAGCCGGCGCCGGACAUACGACCCUGUACAGUGCCGGUGGCGGCAGCAGUGGCUCAAGUGCCGCACCCCACCAUCACUAUCCAACAGCGCAUGCGUAUCAUCAUCCCCAUCACCAUCAAUAUCAUGUGGUCCAGCAGCAGCAGCAGCAUCAGCAGCACCUUCCCGGCGGUUAUCACCCGCUGGACGGCGGUACAGGCAUAGGACAUCACGAUGACAGUGGCAUCGAGCUCCAGGAAGAAGUAGAGCGCUCGAAAGUGCGUGUAACGUUCUUCCAGAGCAGCAAACCACAGUCGAUCAGUCCGCCGGAGUCGCUGCACCUGUACGGGGCGCAAAAUUUGAUCCAGUUCGGCGGCACGGGCCUAGGCGGUGGCUAUGAUAACAAUAAUUCCCCGCUAGACAGCUACAUCACCUCCGCAGCACUCAACCAGCAGUACGACGCGCUGCCCGGCCAUCAACAGCAGCUCCAGCAGUACGAGGACUUUCAUCCGGACCAUCGGGAUCCAGCGAUGGCUGCCGUCUACGGAGCGACCGCCGUACCCCCGGCAGGCUACAACCGGCAAAUGAGCACUGAAUCCGGCUGGGAUAAUCCCUUCAGACCCGGUGGAGACCUCUCCCGGGAAGCGGAUGAAAUAGUCAAUCUGAUCAAAGGUGGCAAACCAAUCACACCGACCGGUGACCAAAGUUUAGUGAACGGUAGCACUCCCAAGGACAGUCACAGCACCGAUGACCCGGGCGCUACGGUAGUAGAUGGCGCUGCGACAAAACUCGAGUCCUCGCAACUGCAGGCGGCCCAACAGAACGGUACGAAAUCGCCCCACAAAACGGCGAGUGGCGGCGCGACGGAAUCGACGGUGGUGGCCAAGAACGGCACCAACACCACCGCCGCCGCCGGAGCCCCCGGCACCGACGGCAGUGCGGCGGCAAACAAUACCAGCAGCACGACACCCAUCAGCAACCAGGUGAUACCGGGCCCGCAGUCCGCCUCGCACGUGGUCAUCGACGAGAAGAAGAAAAAGAAAUGCACCUGUUGCGUUAUACAGUAAACGUACCCCCAACACCAACCCCCCCGAAGCCACACUCACCGCAACAGAGACACAGGCACACCCCACACACACAGAAACACACACUUCAGCCUAAGCGGAGAGGAUAUGAUGAGAUGAAAAGGAUCACGGUUGGAAUGCGAGCCAAAGUGUACGGCGCAUUGAGCGCUUGAGAGCUCAUCGGUGCAAAAAGGAAACCGCUUCCGCUUCUUUCGCUACAACCCAAACACACACACACACACACACACAAACACAAGAAACAUGGACCCAACCAACGGGAGAAAGGGAUAACAUAGCCCACUAAAACCCAGCUACACACACGUGUGUUCACAUUCGAACGGCUGCUAUUUAAUUGUUAGGCAGAGGGUGCCCGAACGGCGGAAGAGGAACGGUGGGCUUAUCGGGACGAAAAGGGAAGCAUAGGGAUAGGUUUGCGCGGGCAAGAACGGUAGCUUAGGGUGCGUGUGUCCUUAUCUCCGGCUCGGCACGUACGUGCAACGACGAACGGCACAGCGAAGAAGGAAUCGCAGGAGUUUGUUAUUUGUUUCGAAAGUCAAACCACAACAUCGUCAAGGCUUUUUCCUCCUACUCUCUCACUCUAUCCCUCUUUUUCUCACUGUUCCUCGCACUGUCUUCGCAUAUGUCUUUAGAACUUAAAUACUAGACAUACUUAAAUGUUUUCUUCCUGUAUCUUCCUUAUUUUCUAUGGCAUUAGGAAAAAGAGGAGGUUCUAAACUUUAAAUGAUUGCAUAAUAUUUUACCAUUUAUUGACACAUUUCUUUUGGUUUUUAUCACUAUAGAGAAAAGCUAUACUUAGCAUGCAUCUGUAUAAUGUUACUUUUAAAAGGAAGCUUUCUUUUUAUCGUUUACUUUGUAACCAAACAAAUAUGUGUUUUAAGUGGGGACGCGCGCUGCAGGUGGAGGUUAGCGGUAAAUCAGGCACUCUUUCUCAGAAAGCAUCGGCGUCUCCAUCGUCUGCUCGUUCGUUACUAGCUGUCGACUAUUCGAAUGUUAAACGUUUGUGGAUGUACGUGCAACCAUAAGCCAGUACACAUACCAUACGCUAAAUUAAGUGUUCGAAAAAACGGAUAAAAAGGAUAUUAGCUUACUUAUAUAAGAGGCGAAAAGCAGAACGAGACCAAGAGCGAGAAAGAGAGAGAGGGAGAAAGAAGGAGAGACAUAUUAGCGGAGAUGGCGAGUGCUUUGGUGGUUCAAUCCUUUUGUGUUUAGUCGGUUUUCCUUGCGAUCAGUUAGCCUUGCAAGCGAAUUUUUAAAAAAAUCCAGCGUGCUAAAACUGCACACACAAAGAGAAAAAAAAGCACACACAAACAUAUAACACAUAUAGAGUCAGUCACAAAACUCCCACGAACAGAACAGAGCUAACUAGUGACAUAUAAUCUAUGCAUAACAUGUACCGUUAGUGAUUUAGCGUUAAGCGACCGACGGACGAAGGCAAAUCUACGCGCGAAAAGAACAAGAAAAUAAAGCAAGGAAUAACAAACAAACUGCAGAGAGCUAACUAACUAAACGGGCGCCUCUCCUCACCAACGAGCACUAGAUGCAUGGCGAACCAAAUCAAAGUGUGACUAAAGGAAAAGUUUACAUCGCGUGUAAAGCAUCGAUUCCAUCCUGCAUAUGCAAUACUGCAGCACAGGAUAAAACAAUCGAUGGAGGGAAAAAGGAAACGAACCUAAACGUUGCGAUGUGCUAACGUUUUUCGGAUUCUCGUCGGAAUUGAGAACUUUGACACUCAACACACAGAACAGAAACGCUUUAGCUCGCUUCAUGAUAGUAUACGUGUACUGCAGUUAUUCAGUUUCCCUCUACCCGGUAUUUGUAAGCCUUGUACGCUAGUUGUACGUUGUAUGCUAAUGCCGAAUGUACCUUUCCUCCUCGAUAGAGCGUAACAAGCAGGGAGCUGAAAGCUGAAUGUUAUCUGUACCGAUAUCCUUCUCCCCGUGGUGCUGUGCAGAAACAGAAACACUACUAUACACUGGACAGGGGCACAUUUAAAAGGCGUGGAGAAUGGUUUGCUUGGUUAGGAUCCUUUUUCUUGCAGCCGCAGAUGGGCCUUCAGAAAGAAUGAUAUCGCAAAAUACUCGCAGCGAAUGCGCACCCUUUCGAGGGGCUUUCACCGACAUACAACUCACAACUCUAACGGACUAGUUUGAAAGUAAGUGCCCAGCGUACGGAGGAGAAACAAACAAUCAAGAAACUGUAGAUAAUAUUAAUUUAUUUGGUUUCGUGUUGAAUUUCAAAUAACACGUACGCCGGAACCGCAAAAAUCACCCCUUCUUUGUGUUACUACGAAAGAACAGAUUGUACAAGGUGCAAGGAGCAAUCACACACAACACAUACACACACACAUACACGCUUUACAGCACUCUGAACUGUCAUCACAACUAGUUGCGGCUGGCAAACCGGUUUCCUUCGUUCGAUUCUGUCGACUCUGCGUCCCCAUCUGUUGCUGUUGCCACCAAUCUGAGUCCCGCGGGAAUGACCAUUUUUAUUAAAUUGAAGCAAAGCGAAAAACUAGUAACGAUUAACCGGCGAAACCGUGUCGUUCACUGAACUAGACCGUGUGAGGGGAGGUGAGAAAUUGGAAAACAAUGGGAGGUUAUACUAGAGCAGCGAGAUGAGAAGUGUUUAGCGCGUAGUUGUAAUAAACGUAAAUACUAAAAGAAAGCUGUAGAACAAAUGCCGGUAAGAAGCAAAAAGGGUGACGAAGGUCGGAAAAGGGAGAUGAGUACGGUAUAUGAAAGUACAGUACAAUAUGUAAGUAAAACCUAUUUUCAACCAAGCGGAACAAAUCGCAACAGAGAUACGGAAUCGGGCGAUGUAGAUGAUGAUGAUAUUAGUAUCGGGCAGAACGGCUAAGUGCAAAGUUGCGGAAACCAACGGAAAGGCAGAUUGUUGGUUGUGAGGCGGGCGUCUGCCUACAACACUCUCACCCCCGGGCGGGCAUUUGUUUCCAAACAUAUAUUUUACUCUCUGUUUGAGCGAUUCAUAAAGUGCGGUAAGGGAGGUGUGGUGAAUGAGAGAGAGAGAGAGAGAGAGAGAGCGAGCGAGCGAGCGAGCGAAAGAGAAGAAUGGAAAACAGAACAUACUACAAAAAGAAAAUAACAAAAAAAUGAACGAGAAAACCAGAACCUAUUUAUUAUAUUGUAACGAAAUCUAAAAAAAAGGAUAAUAAAUAAGAAAAAACAGUAGUUUGAACGCUACCGCAAAAAAAAUAAACAAACAAAAACCAUUGCAUUGGUGUCGUGCUAGAAGAGCUGCAUAUGUGGGUGUGGGUGGAUAGAAACGGUAGCUGAUAGCAUAAACUGCAUGCAAGCAGGAAGUCGAAGCCGGAAGCACCUGCUGAUGAGUUUCCAAAGCGGACUCACUAAAUCGCCGCUUGUAUUCAAACCCAAACUCCGGAUGCCGGCUGGCGGCUUACACUUUUCCCUGGAAUUGUGCGUCCUGCCAAAGCCAUUGUGCAUGUGAAAUCCAAUACGCUGCUUUCGGAGCAAAAUGUCGAAACCUGCUGGACGUUUGGAAGCUGGCUAUGUGUUGAGCUGGAAGAGACUUUCAACGGAGGAAGGGGGGCUAAAAGGCACUGCUUCCUUCCGGUAUUGAAAAGGAAGGGGAAGGAAGGAAGUUCAGCGGUGGCCCCCGGUACUCUGACGGAUGGUGCAUUCGCAUAAAUAUAUAAAUUUAUAUUUUUUCUAAUACCUGGCCAGAACAACGCAGUCCUUUAUCGGUGUCAAGCGAAACCAAUUGACACACGUACGGGGAGAGAUAUAGAGAGAGGGGGAGAGUGGGAGAGAUGGAGAUGAAGAAAGAGAGAUAGAAACAGACAACUAAACGGUGAAACGCAAUCGAACAGAUCAGAUGAGAAGAUGAUGUUAACUAUUUGAUGGUAAAACAAAACAAACAAAAAAAAGAAGAAACAAAUAAAACACUAUAAACGGUAUUUAAAUAAAAUAAAACGUGCGCAACUCUGCAACAAAAACUUACCUGCAGCUACUGGUGUUGUCGUUUGGUUGCAAUUACAGCAAACUAGAUGCAAAUUACAGCAACAUCUCAUCCUCAAAACU